AUGCCAAGAAAAGCAGGGACGGGUUGUAUCACCUGUCGCAUACGCCGUGUCAAAUGCGACUUGGGUAAGCCCUCGUGUCAGCGCUGUCUGACGUCCAAACGCCAAUGCGAUGGUUAUCUCCCUGAGAACUCAACAGUAACCCGUCGUCAACUAGCAGAAGCAGCUCGUGAGAUCUCGGUGAUUGGGCCAAUCUCACGGGCUCUGUCUCAGUAUCCACGACAGGGCAGUGGCAGCCGAUCACCGACACCGCCGAACUUGUCGCUCUUUGAUGUGUUCCGCACUUUGACGGCGCCGUCAACAGCGGCGUUUAUUCCAUCCCAGUUCUGGACGAGAGAGCUGCUCCAGCUGGCGCAUAGUGAGCCUGCAGUUUGGCAUGCUACACUUGCGCUGGGGGCGCUGCAUCAGCGACAUGAGUUGUACUGGCAAGGUCAUGGGCGUCACACAGGCGAAAGGCUCUGGACUCAGGCAGCUGAGAACUACGGGCGCGCGAUAUCCUAUGCUCGCGACGUGAAAGAUCCGGUAAGACUGCUCUCGCUAAGUCUUGCCCUUGUAUCAAUCACGCACAUGACUGGUCGUUGGGCAGACAGCCAGGUUCACAUCAUGGCUGGCCAUCGUCUGCUAAACCAGGCGGGACAUAGUGUGGCGACAUCAAGCGCAGCUGAGGUUCUGACGCGACUUGACCUGCACGCCAUGACAUUCUCCGACUCGAGCGCUCCGUAUCCUUUCAAACAAGCACCGAGCAGGGUGUGGAUUGACGAAGUCAUGCUGAAGACUUUCAAGCUGGAGAGCUACGCGCAGGCAGGCACAGCAUUAUUCGGGCUCAUGAGAAGGAUCAUGAUGCUGGGCGAGAGAACAGCAAAUUGGGAUGGACAGGCUAUAAGCAAUGACCAGGAAAUGCUUGAGGACACGAUACAGGAUCUUGUUGCGUGGGAGUACAAGAUGGGUCAGUUCGAGAUGGGCCAUCCGAAAUCGCAUGACCAGAGAGGCGCUGUAUCCAUCAGGCUCUACCAUACGCUGUUGCGCACAUUCUUGGUAGCGGGAGCUUUUGGGUUAGAGAUGCGAUGGGAUAAUCUACUCGGUCUUUACGAGAGGAUCCUCACACUCGCGGAGACGUUAUGGUCUUACACGCCAAACUGCAACGUUCACUCACCUCUCUCACUGGAGCCAGGAGUCAUCGUGCCGGUCUUCAUGGUCGCGCAGCGAUGCCGCCAUCCAUGGCUUCGCCGCCGGGCGAUUUCAUUCCUCCACAAGAUCAAGAGACAAGAAGGCAUGUGGUUCAGCGACGGCGCAGCAGCAGUCAGUCAAAAAAUCAUGGAGAUUGAAGGCCAGAUAUACUUCGAGAGCGACCUCGGCAAGGAAGAAACUCCAUGGCAGAUCGCAACAGAGAACAUGCCCUGGGAAGCCUGGGCGAGUGUCGACUUGCAGAAGUUACCAGCGAAUACGAGCUGGGCUGGGAUUGAAAAAGUUCCUGAGGAGAAAAGGAUGCGUGAGACGAUGGUUAUGGUCCUGACAGAGGAGAAGCGGAUUGAAUUGUCGCUUAUAAUGAGUUCUGUUGAGAAUCCGGGGAGUUAUGGCAACGUGCGGACGGAGACGCUUACAUAUGGAUGA